AUGGAGAGUGAGUUCUCAUGGCUACCGGGGGUUCUGUCGAGUGUGUUGGAACUAGAUGGUAGCACCACACUGUGGUUCUCCUUCACGCCACCGAGUUUGCUCCCCUCUUGCCCGGACCCCUUGAUGUCUCGAGAAGCCUUCCGCCCCGUGGAAAAGCAUGCCAGGAGGUGGGAGCCGUUGACGGUGGGCAUCCUCCUGCCGCCGUCGCCGCCGUUGCCAGCGGGCCGCUCCCGCUCUGCCGGAGCCGAGCUGACCUUCUCCGUGAGCCAGGUGGAGCAGCGUCUGCGGGAGGGUCACUAUGCCCAGUGCCUGGGCUGGUCUGCACCGCUCUUCCUGGCCGCCACCCUGACGGCCAAGGUGCUGGAGCUGGUGGGCAUCGAGGCCCACAACAGCGGCAGCCAGCGCAUCACUCCUCGGCUUUUGGACACGGCCAUCCACAACAACCCCGCGCUCAGUGGGCUCUUGGGUACCACAACCAUCUCCCAAGUGGCCCUGGACCUGGGCUCCCGGGAGCUGUCCCGCACUGGUCGCCCAGGGGCCUGCAGCUGUCGCGCACUGGUCGCCCAGGGGCCUGGCCCCUCUUCCACCCUGCCUCUCCUGUCUCGCCCCGCGAGGGUCCCCUCUCUCACAGCCAGCCAGGCCAUCCCUGGCCUCCAGAGCACCCCAAUAUUAAAUUGUUGAAGCAACCCUGGGCCUGCCUCAGUGACUCUGUGUUGUCGCCGUCCAACUGGGGCGGGGAGGGGGGGGCGGGUGCCAGGGAAAUCGGCAUGGGGGUGGGAGGCAGGGCAGGGAGGGCCUGGAGGCAUGCUGGCCAGGGCAGCGAGGGCUGUCCCUCUCCCUGGGACGGUGUAUGAGGGUGGGAGGGGUGUAAGGAGUUAGCACGGCCCUGGGUCUGAGCGAGUGUGUGGCCAGCCUGGAGUGCUGGGUAGCAGGCGGCGCAUCAGGGUGGGAGGUGCUGUGCACAGGGUCCAGGUACAGAAGACGUCUGCCCGGAGCAAGGCACAGCCUGCUCGGGGUAGUGCCCAGGCAGUGGCCUGCACGGGCAUGCAGCUCAGGACCUGGACCGAGAUGCUGGCCGGAGGCAGCGGGAGGCGACGAAGGACUGCGUGGGCGGGCAG